AAGUUGUCCAGUCUCCACAAUACCUUCACUAAUGUGGACGUCACUAUACAGCUAAAUGCGCAAAUUUCGGUAGCAAGUGUGGUGCACGGCGAUUAGUCAUUGGACGCUUGUGGUGACCAUGCAAUCUUUGUACGAUUUUAUGGAAGAUGAGUGUCCUUGGUAUUACUUCGAUAGCUCUUACAAGAUUCUGCUGGGCGUCUGUCUCUUUCUUUUUGGUGUAUUCGGGGUGCUGAUAAACGGCUGGCUUUUUGCCACGUUCAUCCACAGCCACCUACUCAUUUUCAAGAGCCACAUUCUAGUUCUCAAUCUUUGCUCCGCUUCACUCGGCAGGAAUCUAUUAGGGUUCCCAUUUUCUGGGGCCUCUGCUAUAGCAAAGAGAUGGUUAUUCGGAACUGCGUGCUGUCAGCUCUUUGGUUUUCUCAAUCAAUUCUUUGGUGUCUUUCAAAUGAUCGCAAUCCUCGCUUUAGUAUUGGAAAGAUAUAUUCAAGCAAAGUUCUACAGACAUGAAACAUUGCUCUAUCUACGGGUCUAUUGGAUUUUGACUGGAGCAUGUUGGAUAAUUUCAUUAGUUUUUGCUAUUCCACCCCUUUUCGGAUAUGGGGUGUAUUCUUGUGACGCUACAGGAACGAUUUGCUCCCUACAGUGGCCUUCUUUAUAUUCAGGACCAAAACAAAUUGGUUUCUGCUUACCUUAUGUCGUUAUCUGUGGAGUAGUACCAGUUGUAGCAAUAUUCUAUUAUAUGGGCAAGGCACUAAGACUAGAACAGAUAUUUUAUCGAAAUGAAGUACAAAGAGAGCAGAAACGUCUUACAAGGAGCACCCACGCAUUGACUGUGACUACUUUAGCUUUUUGGAUUCCGUCGGCAGUUCUCACUGGCUGGCAGUGGGUUUCUCUGUUGAUUUAUGGAUAUCGACCUCAUGUACCACCGGUUCUUGCUUUAAUCGCACCUAUUGCUUCAGAGGCAGCAACAAGCAUACCAGUUCUCUGUUACUUGGUAUCCGACGAGAGGCUCCGGGCCGCGUUGCUGGGUCGGAUGCGCAAGAAUUACUCACUUCUUCCUCCGAAGACAGCCUUGCGGUAUAACAGAGCUUAGCACAAUAGGAAUAGCUUCAGUGGUUCAUUAUUAUGAGGGUCGGCAGCAUGUCGCUGCUUUAAGAAGAGCAUGCAAAAGAUCCUGGCGCAACGAGGUCUGACGAAGAUGUAGACGGUGUUUUUGAAAUGUGUCCUAAAUAAAAAUAAAAUUUUAAGAUUUUAACUUGUUUCAAUUAUU